AUGGAAAAAUUUUGGACUUCCUUUGCUGGCAUAAGAACAACUACUUCCCCUAAGGUGGAAUCAUUCGGUAAAAGACUUAUCCCAUUAAUAGCAAAUUUACUGGAGAGCUCCUCACGCUACUCCGCGUGGAAAGAGUAUGAAAAUCUCUCAAGGGCCGGGGUGGGAGAUCUGGAAGUCAGCAGUAAGGAAGAUUCUGGCCACGUGGCGGUCUCCGGCCGCGGUACAGUUGUGGAGUUGGCGGACACCGUGAAGGCCGGAAGUCACACCUGCAUAAGGAGCUCCUGGAGCUUGGGCGGAUAUGCGGCGCGAGGGGGAGAGAUAGAAAUAUCAAAAUCUUCAAGGAAUGAAAUUGCCCACAAUUCAAUAAUAAAUAUGGAAAGAAAUAAAUAUGCAAAGAAACCGAUUGCCCACAAUAUGAUAAUUAAUUUUUUUUUCUCUUGUGGAAUCCAACUUCAGAUCUCGCCUAUAGAAAGAAAAAGAGAACAUGUGGACUUCUUGACAGCAGCAGACUCUCUCUUCAAAUCCACGAACCGCAUACUUGCUCUCCAGUUCAUGUGCGUCGAGGGGCGAGGUCCCAUGCAGGAGCUUUACCUCCUUCCUCGCGUCCCCCAAAGUUGUAAUCAGCUCGUUUUCUCUUGUGGUCAAGCCAUAGCUCUCCAACAAGGCAAGUCUACAACUAUUUUGCAACCUUGUCGCAGCUAUGAUUGA